GCCUCGUGCGCCAUGGAAUUCGAGGAGUCGGGCAUCGGGGAAGAGUGCGGCGUCUUCGGCUGCAUCUCCGCCGGCUUGUGGCCCACCGAGCUGGACGUGCCCCAUGUGAUCACGUUGGGGUUGGUGGGGUUGCAGCACAGAGGCCAAGAGAGUGCGGGAAUUGUGACAAGUGAUGGAGAAUCGGCCCAUUCUUUUAAAGUGCACAAGGGAAUGGGUCUUGUUAAUCACGUGUUCAGUGAAGAUAGUCUGAAGAAACUCAACGUUUCAAAUCUUGGAAUCGGCCACACAAGAUACUCUACCUCUGGAGUAUCUGUCCUUGAUAACUGUCAGCCGUUUGUGGUAGAAACUUUGCAUGGGAAGAUUGCAGUCGCCCACAAUGGAGAACUCACAAAUGCUAUGCGACUGAGGAGAAAGCUAAUGCGUCAUGGAGUGGGACUGUCUACCAGUUCUGAUAGCGAACUGAUCACUCAACUGUUGGCAUUCACCCCUCCUUUAGAGCAAGAUGACACACCAGACUGGGUGGCAAGGAUUAAAAAUUUGAUGAAUGAAACACCCACUUCAUAUUCCCUUCUGAUGAUGCAUAAAGACAUUAUUUAUGCAGUUCGUGAUCCCUAUGGGAACCGUCCUCUCUGUAUCGGACGCCUUGUUCCAGUAGGUGAUAUCAGCAGGAAAGGAAAAAUUAAUGCUGAAACUGAAGGCUGGGUAGUUUCUUCAGAAUCGUGUAGCUUUUUAUCUAUUGGUGCAGAAUACUAUCGGGAAGUCAUGCCUGGAGAGAUUGUGAAAAUAUCCAAGUAUGAUGUUCAAAGUUUAGAUAUUGUACCAAGACCUCAAGGAGAUCCAUCAGCAUUCUGCAUUUUUGAAUAUGUGUACUUUGCAAGGCCAGAUAGCAUCUUUGAAGGUCAGAUGGUAUAUUCUGUAAGAAGGAGAUGUGGCCAACAGCUUGCCAUUGAGGCGCCCGUUGAAGCAGAUUUGGUUAGCACAGUCCCAGAAUCGGCAACACCAGCAGCCCUUGGCUAUGCGCAGAAGUGUGGCUUGCCGUACGUUGAAGUUCUUUGCAAAAACAGAUAUGUGGGAAGAACUUUCAUUCAGCCAAACAUGAGGUUAAGACAGCUGGGAGUGGCCAAAAAAUUUGGAGUCUUGUCAGACAACUUCAGGGGAAAGCGAGUUGUCCUUAUUGAUGAUUCUAUUGUGCGAGGCAACACUAUUUCCCCUAUAAUUAAACUAUUGAGAGAAUCUGGUGCUAAGGAGGUACACAUCCGUGUGGCUUCACCUCCAAUAAAAUUUCCAUGUUACAUGGGAAUAAACAUUCCCACAAAAGAAGAACUUAUUGCAAACAGGCCUGAAUUUAAAGACCUAGCGGGCUACAUAGGAGCUGACAGCGUUGUUUACCUUUCAGUAGAAGGAUUGGUAUCGUCUGUUCAAGAAAGCAUAAAAGCAAGACAAGAUCUUGAAAAUAACCUAAAAUCGAAAAAGUUCCAAAGCGGGAAAAUUGGCCAUUGUACAGCUUGCCUUGUCGGAAAAUAUCCAGUAGAGCUAGAGUGGUGAAUUUUGUGAAUAUUAUCACCAAAGGCUUAACAUUUGGAACUGAUGAAAUGUGUUGCUGCUAACUAAGCAAGUGAUCAAACCACUCACGUUUGCCUAGACCUUAUUAGGAGAGGGUAAAAAAAGGAGCAAAACAGAAUAAAUGUUAAACAAUUAUGCAAAAGCGCUAUAAUGGGGGCAGUGGGGAGAGGGGAUGCAUGGGUAAAAGAAGCCAAAAUCUCUUGAUUCCAUAGGUGGCCUAAUCUUGCCAAGAAACUU